GUCUGAAUUCUCGAACGCUUUUGGUUGCUUUAGGGCCUUAAUCUUUGUAAUUAUGUCGCUGAUUAUGAUAAAUAUCGAAAAUGUUAAUAAUCCAUCUAGUCGGUAAGGAGUUUGCAUCGUGGUCACAAUGGGUUCCACGAUGAUCGUGGUACUGCUUGCCCUAGUGGGGUUGAUCUACGCCCAGCACACUCCAUCCAUGGAGUUCAGGUCCGAGCUGGACUUCAUCGAGAUCUAUAACAGCAACGUGGACAGUGAGACCUCGUACAGACUGACCGACAGUAUUCAGCCUAGCUGGGUGUACGUUGACUUGGAUGUCUAUUUGUCUGAGGGCAGUUUCGAGGGGAUUGUGACACACGAAGUCACGAUUUCAGGAGAUCCCCAUGAGGAAAUCGUGCUCCACCAAAACGUCGUCGCUAUCACAGCAGUCAACCUCCUGGACAGCAACAACAACGCUGUAGCUUUGAACCUCGAGAGGCCCUUCGAGAUCGACAAUAUUUACGAGCUCUUGAUCAUUAACCCUGCUUCCCCUGUCGUCGCCGGCGAGUACACUAUCACCAUUAGAUACCGUGGAGUGAUCAAUGAAAACCAGUACGAAAGAGGGUUCUACAAGGGCUAUUACUUCCUCAAUGGUGUAAAGCGUGAAUAUGCUACGACGCAGUUCCAGCCCUACUAUGCCAGGAAAGCUUUCCCUUGCUUCGACGAGCCUCAGUUCAAAUCAAGAUUCAUCCUCUCUAUCACGCGUGAUGCUGCUCUCAGCCCUUCCUAUUCUAAUAUGGCUAUCAAUCAAACCGAGACUGUUUCCGAAGGCCGUAUUAAAGAGACUUUCUUGCCUACGCCCACCAUCUCUGCCUACCUGAUUGCAUUCCACGUCAGUGACUUUGUCGAGACUACUGACGGUAGUCAGCCCGAUAGGCCUUUCGGUAUCGUAUCUCGGCCAGGAGUUGAGGCUCAGCAUGAUUAUGCUCAUGACAUCGGAGUUAAGAUCACCAAUGAGAUGAACGAAUACUUCAAUUAUGAUUACUAUAACAUGGGCGAAGGAUCACCAAUGAAGAACGAUCACAUUGCUAUACCUGAUUUCCCAGCUGGUGCUAUGGAGAACUGGGGAAUGGUUAACUACAGAGAAGCUUACCUUCUGUACGAUCCGGCUAACACUAACAUCAUCAACAAGAUCUUCAUCUCCACUAUCAUGGCCCAUGAGCUGGCCCAUAAAUGGUUCGGUAAUCUGGUCACUUGCUUCUGGUGGAGCAACUUGUGGCUCAACGAGUCUUACGCUAGCUUCUUUGAAUACUUCUCUGCUCACGCUGCUGACCCAUCUCUCGAGCUAGCUGACCAGUUCGUCGUCGACUACGUCCACAGUGCUCUGAACUAUGACGCUUUCGCUGGCGCCACUCCCAUGAACUUAAGCACUGUCACUCAUAACGCCUCCAUCAGCGCCCACUUCUCGACCGCCAGCUACGCUAAGGGGGCCUCGGUCUUGAGAAUGAUGGAGCACUUUGUAGGACCAACCGUUUUCCGUGAUGCAUUGAGGACUUAUCUCGCCGACAACGCCUACGGCCUCGGCACUCCUGAGGCCAUGUACGACGCGUUCAGGUCUGCGGUGGCCGCGGACCCAACCUACGCAGCAACAUACGGAACCCUGGAUGUGGGCGAGGUCUUCGACAGUUGGGUCCAGAAUCCUGGCUCUCCCGUUUUGUACGUAGACGUUAACAUGAACAGCGGAGAAAUCAUUGUUACUCAGAGCCGUUUCCUCAUCGGAAACACUGUUUACAAUCACCAAUGGCUAGUCCCUUACACCUGGACCCACAGUGCUGACCCCGAUUUCACCACCACUAAACCAGCGCAGGUCUUGACCACGGCUUCUACCACUGAAAACAUGCCGGCUGGACAUAACUGGGUCGUGUUUAACAUCCAACAGUCUGGAUUAUACCGUGUCAACUACGACGACCACAACUGGGAGAUGCUUGCUGCGGCACUUCGCAAUAACAAAGACCAAUUCCCAAGACAAAAUAGAGCUCAGUUCGUCAACGACGUCCUCCACUUCGUACGAGCUGGAGAAUCGUAUAUCAGCAUCUCACGCGCCUUCGACGUUCUCUCUUUCUUAGAGAAUGAAGAUGAUUACCUCGUGUGGGCCGGAGCUCUUGGUCAGCUCGACAUAAUCAGGCGCCGUUUGGAGCACAUUCCUGCUGCUCGCGAGCAGUUUGAGGCAUACCUUCUUGAGCUAAUGGAGUAUGCCAUCGAGUCCCUGGGCUACGAAGAAGCGGCUACCGACUCCACCACUAGAAUCCUGAACCGCAUGCAGAUCCUGAACUACGCCUGCAACCUUGGCCAUGAGGCCUGCAUUGCUGACAGCUUGGAGAAGUGGAACGCUUUCAAGGCUAACCCCACAAGCAGUUUAGUCCCCGUGAACGCUCGCCGCUACGUCUACUGCGUCGGACUCAGGCACGGCGACGCUACCGACUACAACUUCCUCUUCGACCAAUACGAGACCUCCGAGAACGCCGCCGACAUGGUCGUCAUCCUCAGAGCUCUUGGCUGCACCAAGGAUGAGGACCGGCUUCAGCACUACUUGCAGCAGUCCUUGACCAACGACAAGAUCCGCUAUCACGACAGGACCAACGCAUUCGCCUACGCUCUUGCAGGAAACAGGGAGAAUUAUAAGACCGUCGUCACAUUUUUGCAGAAUAACUUAGCUGAUAUCAGAGUGCUCUAUGGUGGUGUGGCCAGAUUGAAUACAGCCAUAAGUGCACUUGUUACUUACUUGACUGACUUUGAAGAUAUUACUGACUUCCAAGCCUGGGCGUACGAAAACCAAUUGGCUCUUGAUGAUUCCUUCCCCAUCGCCAAGAGUGUGGUUGCAACAGCCGUCACUAACAUCCAGUGGGGCAACAGCGUCGUCAGAGAUAUCUAUUCUUUCCUUCGAGGGAGAAAUGCUGCCGGCGCCAUCACUGCCCCUACUUUUGUUGCCUUGCUCUUGGCAGCCAUCAUGGCUCACUUCAUCCGUGCUGUUGAAGACAACGUUUCCAACAUUGUGUUACAUGCCAACGUUGACCGAAUAAACGCAAUCAGUGUUUUAAAUUCAAAUGGCGUUCCAGUUGCAUUAAAUGUAUCUGAACCCUUUACUAUCCAAUCACAAUACCACUUCCUCAUCGUUAACUUAGAUGAGACUCUGGUCAAUGGAAAUAGAUAUACUCUCUAUAUUGAGUAUUCUAACACUAUGAAUGUAGGGCCGAUGAAAAGGGGUAUCUGGAGAGGAUACUAUACCGAUGACGAUGGCGUUGAAAGCCUUUCCGAUAACCGGAUUCGUACAAACUUUUUAGAGACCCCUAAAAUGUCAUCGUAUCUCGUGACUUUCCUCGUCAGUGAGACUUUCACAGUCAUCGCUGAGGACACCUCCUUCACUCCCUCUAUCAGAAUUAUCGGUAGAUCCAACACCGUCGGCCUUGGUGAUCAUGCCUUGGAUCUGGCUGUCAAGAUGAUCACAUUCUUUAAUGACUACUUUGAAAUCCCUUACGAGACUAUGCAUCCCAAUUUGCUGAACGAUCAUAUUUCGUCUCCUGAUUGGGCUUCUGCUGGUACUGAAAAUUGGGGAAUGGUUAGCUACAGAGAGUUGUACCUUACACUGAACUCCAGUGAAUCAAUCAUGAGUAACGAGCACUAUGCAGGCACCCUGGUAUCUCAUGAGCUGGCUCACAAGUGGUUCGGAAACCUGAUCACCUGCUUCUGGUGGAGCAACACUUGGAUCAACGAGGGCUUCGCCAGCUAUUUUGGCUAUAUUGCUACUAAUCAGAUGUUCCCAGAAUACGAAUACGAUGACCACUUCAAUUCCCGCUAUCUCCAAAACUCCCUCUCUUUCGAUUCCGGAUCCACUGUCGCCCUCAACCACGAGGUCAACACGCCCGCCCAAGUCACUGGCCACUUUGGAACCGUCAGUUACUCCAAAGGUGCUGCUUUUCUCCGAAUGAUCCAUGACAUGAUCACUCCUGAGACGUUUAGGAAGGCUUGUCGUAUCUUCUUGACUAGCAAUUCUUUCGAACCAACCGACCAGUACGACUUAUACAGAGCUUUUGAAGAAGCUAUUCACGAGGAUGGUACUUUAAGUGAAUAUCAAGGUUUUAAUUUUGAAGAGUUUUACCGUAUCUGGGUCAAUGAACCUGGUACUCCUAUUCUAAUGGUUGAGAUUAAUCACGAAACUGGUGCUAUUUCUUUGAAACAAGAGCGAUUCUUCUUAAGUGCCACCGCAACGCCUACUGGUCAAAUUUAUCCGAUUCCUAUUACCUACUCCACCAAGAGUGAUCUAAGAUUUGAAAGUCUUAAGCCCAUUCAAAUAAUGUCAGGCGAGACUUUGGAACUGACUAAGACAGCUGGCGAAGAAUGGGUUAUUUUUAAUAACCUACAACAUGGACACUACAUAGUAGACUACGAUGAGAAAUCAUGGAGUUUGCUCGCCGAAGCAUUACUGAAUGAACCUGAACACAUUCAUUACUUGAACCGAGCCCAAGUAGUCGAUGACGUCUUUGCUCUGAUGAGAUCUACAAGAAUGACCUACAGUUUCGGUUUCAACAUUCUGAGGUUCCUUCGCAACGAGCACAACAUGCAUGUUUGGGAUGCCGCCAUCACCGGCUUUAACUGGCUCAGGAACAGACUGAGGCAUUUGCCUGAGAGCCAGGCAGAAUUCGAUGAGUUUGUACUAGACACCAUGUCGCAUCUCAUCGAGCACGUAGGUUUCAACGUCCUCAGCACCGACACACCCACGGACAUCAUGAACCGCCAAGCCGCUCUGCACUUUGCUUGUUUGCUCGGACACGAACAAUGUGUGACUGAGUCCAGAGAACGAUUUGUUAGGUUGAAAGACCAUAAUGUUUGGGUGCAUGGAGGAAUCCGUCGUAAUGUGUACGUAGUUGGGGUGCGAGAAGGAGAUGAACAAGAUUUCAACUUCAUCCUCUCUCGCUUCCGCUCAUCAAAUCUCGCCCAUGACCAGCUAGAGAUGCUGAGGGCUAUGGGUGCUACUAAGAAUCCAGCAUUAUUAACAAGAUACUUGGAGCUGACGCUGACCGAUGAAGUGAGGUCUCAUGACAAGGCAAACUCCUUCAGCUACGCUCUUUUAGGCAACAAGGAGAACGCGCCCGUAAUUCUAGAAUUUGUGAAGAACAACAUCGAUGCUAUGAGGAUCGCCUACGUAGAGGAUUCCCCACCCAACCCGGUACACACUUGCCUCUCCAACUUGGCUGCAUAUCUCGAAGAACCCGAGCUAGUUGAGGUACAGUCCAGAGACAUCAUGUCGGCCCUCAAACUGGUUAUCCUGCCAGCCCUCCUGGCGUUAGCCAUCGCGGAGCUACCUAUAGACGUGCUCGAGGUCCAAGAAACACUCUACAGAAAUGAUGACGUGGAUCCAACUAUUUACCGUAUUCCAGAGGAUUUUGACCCUGUGCAUUACGACGUGGAAAUUAUCCCUUACUUUGAAGAUGAAGGCGAUAAAGAAGCGUUUAGUUUUGAUGGUGAAGUGAGCCUUGAGCUUAAGCCAAUCCGAGACGGUCUGAAUUCCAUCACUCUGCAAGAAAAUGUACGGUCGAUAGUUUCAGUAGACCUCUUCGACAGUACCGGGUCCUCUGUAGAGUUAGACCAAGUCCUCCCUUUCGAGAGAAUCAGGGAAUACCACUUCCUGAAGAUUAACCUCAGAAAUAAUGCGACCUUGGUCAAUGGAGAUACCUAUGUUGUCAAAAUCAUUUACAUUGGUAAUAUUAACGAAACUCCCCUGUCUCGAGGCGUUUUUAGAGGCAGUUACACAGGCAGUGAUGGAAGACUUCACUGGUAUGCGGCUACUCACUUGCAGCCUGUGAACUCAAGACAGGUGUUCCCAUCCUUCGACGAGCCUGGAUUCAAGUCCACUUUCCGGAUGAUGAUUACCAGGCCUACACACUUUGGAGAAACCUACUCUAACAUGAGGAUUGCUUCCACUGUGGCUCUCGGAAACCGUGUUAGAGAAGUAUUCCACGUAACUCCAAGAAUGCCAGCUUACCUAGUCUCCUUCCACGUGAGCGAAGAAUUCACCGUCCUGGCUGACAACAACGAUAGAGAAAGACCGUACCGAAUCCUAGGCAGACCAAACGCUGUCGGCCAAGGAGAGUAUGCUUUAGAAGUCGGACCACCGUUAACGCAAUGGCUGGAAGAUUAUUUGGGUAUCGAGUACUAUGGAAUGGGAGAAGACAUGAAGAAUGACCAGAUUGCUGUGCCUGACUGGGCUUCCGGUGCUACUGAAAAUUGGGGAUUCGUGAGUUACAGGGAAUUGCGUCUUCUGUAUGAAGAAGGCGAGACCAACGCUUUGGACAAGAUGUAUAUUGGAACGAUCACAUCGCACGAGCUGGCUCACAAAUGGUUCGGCAACCUGGUCACCUGCAGGUGGUGGGACAAUGUGUGGAUUAACGAAGGUUUCGCCAGUUACUUCGAGUAUUUUGCUAUGGAUGGCGUUGAUCCGUCCAUGGAGCUCGCAGACCAAUUCCAAAUCAUGUACGUGCAGUCAGCCCUAUCUGCUGACGCUUCUGCUGCCACUCGCGCCCUGCAGUACACCGUUAACAGCCCUGCUGAUGUCACCGACCACUUCUCUGGCAUCAGCUACUCUAAGGGUGCCACGUUCCUGUUGAUGCUGAAGUAUUUGUUCACUGAGGAGACUUUCAAGAAGGGAUUGAACUAUUUCUUGGUAGAUCGGUCCUACGAACACGCCUUCCCUGAACAUCUCUACGAAGCCUUCACCCGCGCCGUGCAAGAAGAUAACACCAGCGUGAGCAACGUCAACGUUGAGGAUUUCAUGAAGUAUUGGGUCGACGAGCCGGGAUACCCCGUGCUUGACGUUGAAGUAAAUACGGAUACCGGCGUCAUCAGUUUAAGCCAGGAACGCUUCUUCGUCAGCGCCACAGCCACCCAAACUGAGCAAGUCUGGCCACUGCCUUUGACCUGGACAACCGGCAGCAACCCUAACUUCGACAACUUAAGACCCUCGCUGGUUAUGACGGGCAAAACCGACACCGUACAAAAGACAGCCGGUGUUGAAGAAUGGGUCAUAUUCAAUGUUCAGCAGAAAGCUGGUAUCUACAGAGUGAACUAUGACACAAACAAUUGGCAGUUGCUGGCAGCCGCGCUGAAGGCCGAUAUCAACUCCAUCCACUACCUGAAUAGAGCUCAAAUCGUCGACGACGUAUUCAGUCUGAUGCGCUCCGAGCGCAUGACCUACGCCCUCGGCUUGCAAGUGCUGGACUUCUUGAAGGAAGAGACCAACUACUUCGUGUGGUACCCGGCCAUCACUGGCUUCAGUUGGCUGAGGAACAGACUGUUGCAUCUGCCUGCCAUGAGGGAGACCUAUGACCAACUGAUGUACAUUUUCCUGGACUCCGUGAUCACCGACCUGGGCUACGACGUGCUGCCUAGCGACUCCCUAACUAGGACCCUGAACCGGUUCUUCGUGCUGUCCUUCGCCUGCUCCAUCGGACAUGAGGGCUGCGUCAGCAACGCUAUCGACAAGUGGAACGCGUUCAGAAAUAACGGUGUCAGCGUAAACCCGAACAUCCGCCGUCACGUGUUCUGCGAGGGUCUCCGCGCUGGUGACUACCAGGACUGGAACUUCCUGUACCAGCGGCGUCUCAGCUCAAACAAUCAGGGCGACAGUGUUGCCAUGCUGCGAGCUCUUGGAUGCACUAAGGAUGAGACAGCCGUCAAAGAAAUGCUUGAGAAGAUCCUCACUGACGACGUCAAGGCCCAGGACCGAGUGAACGCCUUCACAUUCCUGUACAUGGGCAAUCGAGAGAACGCCAACAUCGCCCUUGAGUUCCUCAAGGAAAGGAUUGAUGACGUCAGAAGAGCAACCAUACUCCCGGCAUGGUUCAACACCGUACUUGCCAAUCUCGCUGCCUACUUGAAUGAAGAAGGCCUCAAUGAUAUGGAAGAAUGGCUACACGCUCAUGAGGCAUCCAUCCCGGAGUACAGCGUAGGCAUCGGCUCCAUCGCCUCGGCCCGCGCCAGCAUGCAAUGGGGCAGUGACCGCGCCGACACCAUCAUAACUGCCGUCAGAGGCUCCGCGGCCAUUGCUGUCCCCAGCUUCUUGUUGUUGGUCGCUUCUCUACUAACUCUAUUGAGGAACUGAAGUUAUCAAGCCUCCUGUAGAUAAAUGCUAAGCCAAUUAGCAGUAUCUGUAAUAA